AUGCAAGGGGAGGAUCGCGUGGUACCGGUGUACGCGUCGGGCACUCAGGUUCUCCGAAAGCUACAAGAGAAAUCGGAAUCCACCAAACAAGGUUACCCAGCAAUGUACUCCAGUGUCGUUGGCGGCAUCAUACUUGAUCCAUCGAUGAUGGUGAUCCCGAUUGACGAUCACAUGGUUCACAGAGGACAUGGCGUUUUCGACACUGCUACCAUUUCUGAUGGCUACUUGUACGAACUGGAUUCUCACCUGGACCGGCUCCUCGUUUCUGCAUCGAAAGCAAAGAUCGAUCCGCCAUUCCCCCGCAAGACACUGCGCGACAUACUGCUCCAGAUGACGGCAGCCUCCGGAUGCAAGAACGGCUCAAUCAAGUACUGGCUGAGUGCCGGCCCCGGCGACUUCCUGCUGUCGCCAAAGGGCUGCACGGGGUCCACGUUCUACGCCAUCGUCGCCACCGCCGCCGCCAGGCCCGCCACCGCCACCGGCUCUCGGCACAAGGAUGGCGUCAAGGCCAUCACGGCCACCGUGCCCAUGAAGCAUCCAUUUUUCGCGGGCAUAAAGAGCGUCAACUACCUCCCGAACGCACUGGCCAUUGCGGAAGCCGAAGAGCGAGGCGCGUUCGCCUCGGUCUGGGUCGACGAGGACGGGUACGUCGCUGAGGGCCCGACGAUGAACGUCGCGUUCGUCACCACGGGCGGGGACCUGGUGCUGCCGGCGUUCGACAGGAUCCUCAGCGGGUGCACGGCGAAGCGGAUCCUCGCGUUGGCGCCCGAGCUGGUUGGAGCCGGCCUUCUGAGGAGUGUCCGGGACGCAAGGAUUUCUGCCGAUGAGGCGAGGCAAUGCGCCGAGAUGAUGUUUCUUGGGAGCGGGCUGCCGUUGCUGCCCGUCGUCGAAUGGGACGGCCAACCAGUUGGGGAUGGAAGAGUUGGGAGAAUUAGUCUUGCCCUGUCUGAUAUGCUCCGGGACGACAUCAAGUCUGGUCCAGAUAGGAUUCCCGUUCCUUACAGUUGA